AGCCGACAUUCAAUUUCUAUUUCACAACAACAUUGAGAGUAGUGAAAUCUACGUGACUAGUAUAGGUCGUAAAUUGUGACUAUGGUGUGGAGAGUUUCUAUUUACAUAUUAUUUUUAUUUUACCGCAUUAGCAAUGGUCAAAUUCAACUUGUAUCCGCCGUAAAUGAAACAAAUGCAAAGAAGUUGUUAAGUGAAGACGUAGGAGGGUCUAUAAAAACCUUAAAAGCCAAAAAACCUGAUGAUAGCAGCGUGCUGCUGCCUUCACAAUGGGCACUGGGGCCCGAGGGGACUCCUCGUUGGCCCAACGGAGAGAUCAAGGUCUAUAUCGACAGCGAUUCUUAUGGUCAAGGGAUUUUGGCCCGCGUGCUUAUGAUACUUAGCAAAAUCCAAAGCUACGACAGCCACCUCUGCCCCGAAAUUACGAAGUUAGAGGAGAAGCCGACAGGACCGGUUGAUGGCAGCUGGUUGCACGUCACCAAUCCGGACAGAGUGAGGCCGUGCGUCCACGACGCGGGAGUCGAUGACAAUGGGGAGAUUAAAGUAGUGUUAGGAUACGACUGUCUGAAGCCGCGGGAGAUUCUGCACACGCUCCUGCACGGGCUCGGGUUCCGAGAUGAGAUCCAGCAUCCGCAGCGGGACCUCUUCGUCAGGGUCAUGUGGGAGAACAUACAGCCAGCCUUUCGAUCGAUGUUCCGAAUCCAGUCAGUGGAGACGAAUGACGCCGGUUUGAUGGAGUACGAUCCCAUGAGUGUGAUGCAUUUCCACGAUCGAGCCUUCAGCCUCAACGGCCACCCUUCCAUCAUGCCUAUGCUUCCAGGAUUGAGAGUAGAACCGUCGGACGAACUGUCUCAUCUAGACGGAUUGAAGAUCAAAAGAAUGUUCAGUCACGAAUGCAAGAAACGUCUAGUCAACACCAUAAUACACCAAACAUGCGCCCAAUUCGAUGAACUAAGAGGAGAGGAAGUACCAAAUAAUGGCAAUGGCUGUCCUCCUGUAAAUGGUGGGGGUAAUUCUGGAAAUGGAGGGGGUGCGGGAGGACUUAUAAUACCUGGCAACGAUGUCAAAGUUGAUAAAGAAAGUGGUGAAUACGAAGGAGAACUUCAUGAUGACAGUGAUGAGACGGGAGCGAAUGAUGGUGUUAAAGGCUAUAUUAUGCCCGCCAAGUCUGAUAGUGAGUAUGAUCCGUGGGGAGGAAAAAGUGGUGUCCAACAAAUACCCUACAAGGAUGGUAAUAAACCUGUUGAUAAGAUUAUGAUACCGGGCAAUGAUGUAAAAGUAGACAAUGACGCUGAUGCACAAGUGGCCGAUAGUGGAGUCGCCGACGAUAACAAUAAAGAUGUACCAGUAGAUGACGGGGACGAAAAUGAAGGCGUCGACGAAACUCUUGGGGACACCAAACCAACUAAGCCUGGAAAAAAACUUAAAAAGCUUUUAGGUAAAAAACUACACAAUAAUUAUAAUAAUAUUCCACAAGACGAGGCUAUUGUCGUUGGGUACGAAUCAUAAAAUAGCUACAUUAUUAUUCAAAUAAAUAAAACAUUACGUA